UGACUUUCGAACUUUUUAAAACACAAAUUGAAAAAUGCACAUAAAAAAGCAAAUGAAUGGAAAUACAGUUAGUGUUACAGCUGCAGUGAAGCGAUAGAAACACAAACAGAUUCAGACUCAGACUGCUGAAUGUGGAUUGUGUCCACUGUGCUGCAUUUGGAAGAGAUUUCAUCACAGCCAACAGGGACAGGAGAAACAAGCAUGAGCAUGGAGGCAUCGUUUUAAGACACACCUGAAAAAAAUGUGAACCCAUCCUUUAAUUCAUCUCUAACAGACUAUGUGAUGGCACAUAAUUCUUUGCGCCCUUGAAUAAAAAGGGGUAGCUAGUCUCUCUGGAAAACCCUUGACGUGAAAAAGCUUCGUGAGCCACAGGCGCAGUCGAAAACACUUCGAGUUGACCUGACCCUGCGUUUUCCAACCUGUGUUAGGACACACAGAUGCUGGCUUCUGCCCAGUCGCCGCCUCCUCCCCCUCAGCAGCGCUUCGGUCCCGCCCACCGCCACCUGGCUCUGCUGCGCACCGCCGACUGGAGGCAGAGUGCCGCUACUCCUCUUCCCCACGCCAACGGAGAAGCAGAAAACAAGGAGCUCUGUGACCGUGGGUUUGUGAUUGAAUUUGCCUGAUAUUUUAAAACCGACCGACACAAUCUAAACCAACUCGACGUUUAAAGGAUUUUGGAGGAAAGUGCUAAAGGCGAGCAGAAAAUCAGAGUGCUCUGCGCGCUCUGCAUCCUUCCUCUCCAUCUCUAUCUCAUCUCUCCUCCUCUGUUUCUGCGCUCUUCUACAACACUCCCGGCUCUCCCAUCCUGAAUAUCCUGUGUGACUGUUCACUUAUUGCAAGCCGUGAGCUGCCCUUCUUCUUCAGUCGGAGUUUGAACCACGUUUCCGAGCUGCUGGAAGUAAACCGCCAGAGCCCCUGAGAGCUGGCUGGACUCUGUAGUGUUCGUCCUCCCGAAACAAACGGAUCAUCGAGGGGAGUCUGCGCGGAGUCAAAAGGACUGGAAAUUAUUUAGCCCUUUCACAUCAGCGUACCGCAUGGUGGGAAUUUCUGCCUCUUUUCAGUAUCGCACUGGGAAGCACUCCACCAUGCCCGACUCACCUGCGGACGUCAAGACACAGUCCAGGUUGACCCCCCCUACCAUGCCACCCCCACCCAGCACACAAGGAGCACCCCGCAACAGCUCCUACACCCCCACCACAUUAACCAAUGGCAGCAGCCACUCUCCUACGGCGCUCAAUGGCGCUCCGUCUCCUCCAAAUGGCUACAGCAACGGUCCUAGCUCCUCCUCCUCAUCCUCGCUGGCCAACCAGCAGUUGCCACCAGCCUGCGGUGCUCGGCAGCUCAGCAAGCUCAAGCGCUUCCUCACGACUCUACAGCAGUUUGGCAACGACAUCUCACCUGAAAUUGGCGAGCGGGUCCGCACAUUAGUGCUCGGACUAGUGAAUUCCACGCUAACCAUUGAAGAAUUUCACUCCAAGCUCCAAGAAGCCACCAACUUCCCUCUGCGACCUUUUGUCAUACCCUUUUUGAAGGCCAACCUGCCGCUCCUUCAGAGGGAGCUGCUGCACUGUGCCAGGCUGGCUAAGCAGAACCCAGCUCAGUACCUGGCCCAGCAUGAGCAGCUGCUCCUGGACACCAGCACCACCUCCCCAGUGGACUCCUCUGAACUCCUGCUGGACGUCAAUGAGAACGGCAAGAGAAGAACGCCAGACAGAACCAAAGAGAAUGGCUUUGAGCGAGAUGGCGCACUGCACCCAGAUGUUCACCCUAGCAAGCGGCCCUGCACCAUAAGCCCCGCCCAGCGCUUCAGCCCAUCCAAUGGGCUGUCUUACCAACCCAACGGCCUGCCCCAUCCAGGCCCGCUCCCUCCACAGCACUACAGGCUCGAUGACAUGGCCAUCGCCCAUCACUACCGUGACACCUACAGACACCCCGCCUCCAAUCAUCGGGAGAUCCGGGAGAGAGCCAGGCCUAUUGGUAUGCAUACAGGGACCCGGCAGGAGGAAGUGAUUGACCAUAGGCUGACAGACAGAGAGUGGGCUGAGGAGUGGAAGCACCUUGACCAUGUAAGAAAACUGCUCAACUGUAUCAUGGACAUGGUGGAGAAGACAAGACGCUCACUUACUGUACUGCGGCGGUGCCAGGAGGCUGACCGUGAGGAGUUGAACUACUGGAUCCGACGAUACAGUGACGCUGAAGAAUUGAAGAAGGGCCCCGCUAGUGGGCAGUCAAGGCAGCAGAGCCCAGCAGCACAGGAAAAUGCAACAUCGGAAAUUCACAGGGAGCUGCUGCACCGGCCUGUGUCUGGCUACGUUCCUGAAGAGAUCUGGAAGAAAGCUGGUACGGGAGGCUUGACUUCCUCUGUCUCCACACUCUUUCCAGAAGAGGCAGUGAAUGAGGUGAAGCGACAGGCAAUGUCAGAGCUGCAGAAGGCCGUGUCAGAGGCCGAGCGCAAAGCUCACGAGAUGAUCAGCAGCGAGCGGGCCAAGAUGGAACGUACAGUAGCCGAGGCCAAGCGGCAGGCGGCCGAGGACGCUCUCUCCAUAAUCAACCAACAGGAGGACUCCAGUGAGAGCUGCUGGAACUGCGGCCGCAAAGCCAGUGAGACAUGCAGCGGCUGCAACACGGCACGCUACUGCGGAUCCUUCUGCCAGCAUAAGGACUGGGAGAAGCACCAUCAUGUCUGUGGUCAGACCCUCCAGGCCCAGCAGCAGCAGGCCAGCCAGCAACAGGGAAGCGUCCCAGGGUCAGAGACCCCUGCUCCCAUCAGCUCCUCUGCCUGCACCCCGAGCAGCGGAACUGGGAGUCCGGCUGCUACCCCGCCUGCUGCUACGCCUCGCUCCUCCACCCCCAGCACCCCGUCCUCCUCUGCCCUGGAUGGCACACCGCGCUAAGACACUCACAGAGGGGGUGACGCCGAAUGCCUCCGGGUUCUUAACAGCCAGCCGUCAACCCCACAAACUGCAUGACUGUCAACAUUGCCUUGCAAAGAUACUAAACUAACUUGGCUAACAGAAAGAAAUGGCAAUGUUUCUGUCUAUCUUGCAGCGUAGUCAUUGAAGGGGGAGGAGGAGGUCCAUAAUCAGGUCAUAUUGACUUGCCAUGACUUUAAAGAAACACAAAGAUAUUCUUUGUUUUGAAUGAAUGAAUUUAAAUAUUGACAUCCUUUUAUCGUUACACUUGCUAUUCUUGUUGUCUGUUUGUCGUCGUGCCUGUUGUUGUUAAUGUUGUUGUCAUUGUAGCUUAUCUCAUUUUUUCCUGUAAAUAUUAAGAGACUGAGCAGAGAUAGCAGUGAACUCGAGACAAGUAUAUCUGACCUCCCCUUUUUUAAAUGUUUUUAUUUUCCAUCCUGGAAUUAAUGCUUAUUUCCUUCCUGUACCAGUGACAUGAGACUAGUCAACCUCAUUUUACCAAAUCCCAUACCAAGGGAACAUGUCUAGCUAGCAGAAUGACUGAAAUAUUCCGUACUCUUUGUAAUGAAAGAUAUUAGAUCUAAAUACCCUGAAAGACAUACCAACGGAUGGAUAGAAAAAUAAGUUUGCUGCCUGGAGAGAGGAGAGAGAUGGACUGAAUCUCUGGCCCACAGACCGCCAUGAAAUGGGCAGAUGUGCAGCAGAUUGCAAGCAGAGCCAGCUGUUCAACCAAUGUUAUUUCCCUCUCACUUGUAAUAAUAUCCAGGUCAGUGGGCUGGGAAAUACAAAUCCGUCUCCCUGAAGGAUGUAAAACGAAGAAUUCUUGGACAUGAUACAAAACUUUGCCCACUGCACAUGCGGAGGAUGUACUGUCUACAAUACGCACGUGGGUCACAAAAGCUCUCAAAGAGGAAGUGAAGUCACCAUCCCACCAGUGAGACUGUCAGCUUAUUAUGACAGCGGCCGCUGGGCCAUUCUAGAGCUGAAAACUAACAGAACGCAGUAGAAAGCUCAUUCUGCGCCCCAGACGCUCCCCUCCUGUCUCAACUCUGAAAAACAUUUUCAUCUUUCUUCACGUUCUUAUUCUUUCUCUGUAGAUGUCACGGUGUUUAAGACUUCUGUCCUGUGGUGUCACCAAUGGUUAUUUAUUGUAUAUGUGUUGGACAAAUGUGACAAUGCAUAGUACUUCAACCAGUCACAACUCUCGAGCCCUUCAUAACUCUCUCUCCUAGCUGGUGCAAAAAGAGAUAAAAAAAAAGACAAGUGUUAUCUUUUUUCCAAGCUGCUUUUCUAUUCUGUGUGUAAGUGGUAGAUCCCUUGUAGUUGUAUUAGUUUUACUUCCCUUCGUCCUCAAGAAAAGACACAAGCUAUAUCUCAGAGCUGCUACUUGAGUCCGACCCAGAUCUUUUCUGAGACCUAGCAUGUCACGCGGAAUGCUAAUCUAAAUGUUUUGUACAAGGGACAUACAUAAAUGUAUUUGCACUGUCACAGAGGUUAUUUCAGCAUGCUUCUUUUCAGCAUACUUGUGUUGUCGGUAUAGAGCCAUAAUUCAUCAUCCUUUUUGUAUGUAGUUAUAGCAUUAUCUGUUUUUACAUUCUUGGAAUGUAAAGUUGGAAAAAUGUAAAAUCACCAAACCCACUUUUUUUUAAUUCUUCUUUUUCUCAACAUGCUAACAAAUGUGGCCAUAACAUUUUUUGAAUAGCUACAGACAGUGCAUGCACAUUACUGAACGUUUGUUAAAUAUUUGUUAUUUUUUAGAAAAACUGAAAAAUGACCAAAAAAAAUCAAAACAAAAAAAUACAAAAAAUAUUCUAACAAACUAACUUUCCAAAUGCAGAGGUGUAGACUCCGAUUGACAGCUUUAACACUGCAAAGCACCAGGUAACACACAGUAUUAACACAAGAGAUAAACAAAAAACAAACAAAAAAAAAAACACACCAAAAACAGCCAAA